AAUUCUAGGAAGCGGUGUCAGUGUGAAAGGCAGGAGAGGAAACAAGUGCAGCCGGAACCUGAGUGUUUGUGGCGUGAGCGGAGCAGGAAGACCAGCACCGUACCGCAGGAGACUAGAGGGCGGAUUUCGUUGCUACACACGAACAGCUGCUGAGCUGGGGCAAGAUGCUGCCAUCUCUGCAGGAGUCUGUGGAUGGGGACGAGAGGGAGCUGGAGAGCAGCGAGGAAGGGGGCGGCUCGGCAGAGGAGCGGAGGCCGGAGCGGUACAGUAAUAGCUACUACUGUCUGUACAGCUACCAGGGCUACAGUUCAUCAGAGCAGGCUGUUGACAGUGAUGAUGGAAGUCCAAGCAGUGCAGCACCAGAAACUCCCUCUGCUGAAGACUUUAGCCUGUCCUUGGUGGAUACUAACUUACCAGCUGAAGCAGAGACAGAGUUACGCAGUUUUAUUGUUAAGCGUCUUAUUAAAGGAGCACUUUUUGAGGGGAUGGGUAAUGUUGCAUCUGUGGAGUUGAGCAUACCAGAAUUUCGAGUUGGUUGUUAUUACUGUCUUCUCCAACAAGAAAAGCUUCUAGAAACAGCAACAGUGGAAACAAACAUCAGCCCUCCAGAGUAUGUAACUUGUUUCUUAGGAGGCUCAGAGAAAGGGCUCGAGCUUUUCAGACUUGAGUUGGACAUAUAUGUUCAAGGCCUGAAGACUAACCUUGAUUCAGAGAAAAGUAACCUGGAGACUUAUAUUAAACCCUACCUAAGAAGUUGGUUUGAGGACUCUGUAUGCCCUAUCCAGAGGGUAGUGCAGCUCUUCCAGGAGAAACUCACCUUUUUGUUACAUGCUGCUUUGAGUUACACUCCUGUUGAAGUUAAAAAUUCAGAUGAAAGAAUAAAGAAAGAUAUUCACAGGUUUCUGAGCGCUGCCAGUCUCCAAGGUCUCAUUCAGGAAGGUACAAUGACCUCCUUGUGUAUAGCCAUGACUGAGGAACAUCACAAAUCGGUGGUAAUAGACUAUCGUGGACCAGAGCCUCAGUUCAAUAAUGCAGGAAGCAACAAAUUUUGUGACGACUGGAUGCAGGCUUUUCUAAAUGGUGCUGAAGGUGGAAAUCCAUUUCUCUUCCGGCAAAUAUUGGAGAACUUUAAAUUGAAGGCCAUACAAGACACUAACAACCUGAAGAGAUUUAUUCGUCAGGCAGAAAUGAACCAUUAUGCCUUGUUUAAGUGUUUUGUGUUUCUAAAGAACUGUGGCAGUGGAGAUGUCCUUCUGAAGAUUGUUAAAGUGGAGCAAGCAGAAAUGCCAGAAGCCAAAAAUGUAAUAACUGUCCUUGAGGAAUUCAUGAGAGAAACGGCAGUAGCCUAAAGAUCUUAAUUUUUGUACUCGCUUUGUGCUAUUGUAUAAAUAAUUAAUUCCUUCUUUGCAGAUCAGAAUUCACUAUUGCAGAAACUUAAAUUAUAUUUGAAAGCAUUCAGUCAUUUCAAACUUAUUUCACAUCUGGGUCUUUUUAGAAAAAGCAGCAUGAGAUUUGCUUCAGUUUUUGAAUAUAGUGUAUUAUACAAAUCCAGACAUUCUUUUUUCAACACUUAUCAGAUUCUGCAACUGAUCCUCCUUUUUUGCGGACCACACCAUUUUGUUUUUUACUAUCAUGUCAUAAGAAAAACUUUCACCCAAAUGGCAGUGAUAGUUUUAAGCAUUUAGAAAAUGUUUAACACAUAAGAACUAGUAGAGAGGAGCAUGGCUAAACAUUGAGAUCAGAUUUAUUUAAACAAAAAAGUCAUAUAAAGAACUACAAACAUUUGGAUAAAUCACAUAUAGUAAAUGAAUUAAACAUAUUCAAUUCCGAGAAUUUUCUCAGGCAACAAGCCCUAUGUUCUUGUUAUUUGUUUUCACAUCCUUAAUUCUAAAAUAGAAAAUCUGUACUUCUGUGACCAGAUUAUGUCGUUGAUUAUGCUUACUGAACUGAUUGGUUUUAAACUGAAUAUAGUCUUUAAAACAAACUUUCCUGGCUUGUAUGGAAGGUGUGCCUGGGAGUAUACAUGUCAAACCAGUCAAGUUAUCUGUAAAUUGAUAGGUCUGAUACUCCACUGUCUGUAAUCACUGAUUUUGCACAGGUGUAAGAACGCUAUAUCAGAAUGGUAGUGUUUUACAUCCACCUUGCCUAAGUGUAAAUGACUAUAUAAGCUGCAAGAGAUAUUACCUAUUAUCUUUUAUUGGACCAACUUCUAUCCAAGUUGGUCCAAUAAAAGAUAUUACCUCACCCACUUUGUCUCUCUACUAUCCUGGGACUGACAGGGUUACAGCAACACUGCAUAUAUGUUGCAAAGCAGGGGAGAAUCAGGCUAAAAUUUUUAUAAAGAUGAAUUUAACUUGGUCUUAAGUCUGUAUAUAUAUUUCAUUUUGAAAAUGCAUCAUUGUACUCCAGCAAUGAACUUUCUCACACAUGGGAAAUACAUUUUCUAAACCGUAAUUAAUGUAGACAGCAGAAUCACCACUUUGGAUGCAAUAGGAGCCAAAACUAAGGGGACCUUUAUCAAGAUUAUACGGAGGAGGACUGCAAGAAUAGUCCUUAGGUAGGCAAAAUUCACACGUUUCAAGUGAUUAGCUAGGGAAUGUAACCUUUGCACAUAGUGUGUUUUAUCAUAACUUGACACUUAAUGAACUAUCCUGUUAUGAAGAGGUCUCCAUCACUAACUAUACUUGUAAUAACCUUACUGAACCAGUCGUGUGACUGCUGUUCGUUUUGAGUGCUGUACAUCAAAAUUAAAAGGUACAUGUUUUCUUGUGCUGUAAUCAUAUUUAAUAAAAUAAAUUUAAAACCUUGA